ACGUUUCAAUACGAUUAUUUCGACUGAUAUUCAAUGUCUCUAUUUCGAAAAGAAUAUCAUUUCUUAAAGUUAGAAGAUAAUAUAAAAUAGAUACAUACGACCUAAAUUGAUCAAGUCAUUGACUGUAAUCGCAGCUUUCUGAAGCGAUUCAUCGACUCCCUUCUUUUGAGACAGGUGAUGUUUUGUACGGCAAUCAGCACACAGCACUUUAUCGCAAUGUAAACAUGUACGUACUUCCGUUGUUUCCUUGCACUGUGCACAUUGAGCUUGAAUUGUCGAUGGUGAUUCAUCAGUAAUGACGGAAUACGGGUCUCGGCUACAUUCAAGACGAACAAAUACAUAUACGUUUCGAGCAAAAAACGACGAGAGAAAAAUUUUGCUACAUCGUUACGGAAUGUUUUUUCACCGUAACUACGCAAUGAUACAGAAUCUGCUGGAUCUUUCGCGUGGCAAUUGCAAAAAAUCGAAAAAUUUGAGACCAUGCCGAAAAUGAAUUACGUGGGUCUUUCAAUAAGUAUCCGGACUGGUUUUAUUAUUAAACAAUAAGAAGCGUUGUUGUUCUUAGCUUUUAGUCUAUGUGUAGGUGGAACAGUGCUCCAUCUAUAGGUAUCAUAAUCAUUAGGCAAUGAAAUAGCUAUGCACGAAUAUAACGAUUUUUGUCAGAUCACCCUUUAUACACUGAUGGAAAAUCAAAAGUUUGAGCAUCGCUCAGUAAUAAAGUUUCUUAUUUUGGAAGGACAAUCUCCAUCCAAUAUUUAUGAACGUAUGGUGGUAGUUUAUGGUGACUAUGUUCCAUCACGUACAACAGUUUUUGAAUGGAUUCGUCGUUUUAAAGACGGACAAUUAAAUGUUGAAGAUAGUCCUAAAUGUGGUCGACCAAUUACUACAACAGACGAUCAAACUAUUAAAGCUGUUGAAUGUCUAAUUAUCGAAGAUCGUCGAAUUACAAUUCAGCAAAUAGCAGAUGCCCUUGGCAUUUCAACCGGCACGGUACAUGAUAGUAUACAUGAACAUUUACAUAUGACUUAA